AGGAAUGUCUUUCGCAUGCUUUGCUUCUCCAGCUAGCCAGUAGGUGGGUGUGUUUAACAGAGGGAAAAGCAAGGAGGAAGGAGCCCUGUCAACCAGCCUCCCCAGCUAAUUAGCUCAGCCUACAACAAAGAUAAGCGAGCUGGGGAGGAGGACCCCCUGAAGGGUCUUUUGAAUCUGGGCAAUGUCUGAUUGGCAGAUGCUGAGGGAGAUUCUUUGGUAAUCCAGUUCAUCAUCAAUGAGCUGCAUAAAUUCAGGACAGGGCUGGAAGAAUUCAGGCAUGUGGUGGACACUUUGUGGAUGCAGUCUGCAAGAAGGCAGCCCAAAAUGGACAGAACCUUGGAAUCUCUACAGCAUAUAAUCUCCCAAGUCCUGCCUCACAGAGACCCUGCACUUGCGUUUAAAGACUUGAAUGUUGUAGCAAUGCUUCAGGAAUUCUGGGAGAGCAAACAGAAACAGAGAGGUGUGUUUUCAAGUGAAGGCACAGUGGUCUACGAGUCACUAAAUUCUCCUGGGCCUCCGUUUGUGAGUUAUGUUACCCUGCCUGGAGGAAGCUGCUUUGGUAACUUUCAGUGCUGCUUGAGCAGAGCCGAAGCAAGACGAGAUGCGGCAAAAGUGGCGCUAAUCAAUUCUCUCUUCAAUGAGUUGCCUUGUCGCAGGAUCACAAAGGAAUUUAUUAUGGAGAGCGUUCAGGAAGCUGUUUCGUCCACCAGUGGUACUUUAAAUGAUGCUGAUGACCCAAGCACAAGUAUUGGAGCCUAUCAUUAUAUGCUGGAAUCAAACAUGGGGAAGACAAUGCUGGAAUUUCAGGAACUGAUGAUAGUCUUUCAACUGCUGCACUGGAAUGGAAGCCUCAAAGCUUUGCGUGAAACAAAGUGCUCUCGACAAGAAGUGAUCUCCUACUAUUCCCAGUACAGCUUAGAUGAAAGGAUGAGAAGUCACAUGGCUCUGGACUGGCUUAUGAAGGAGCAAGAAACUCCGGGCAUUAUUUCGCAAGAGCUGCAAGUGGCCCUUAGAGAGCUGGAAGAAACCCGGAAAGCUGGACAAGAGCUGCGGUUUUACAAAGAGAAAAAGGAAAUACUGGGCUUAGCACUGAGCCAGCUGUACAGUGAUCAAGCCGCUACCUCUUCAAGUGACGAUCGUAUGAAUCUAGCCCUAAGUGGCUAUCGCUAGGGCAGCCUAGGGCGUCGUUUGUAUGAAACAGGUUUGCAAGGCUGGUCCGUAAUGAGCUAAUCCUGGAUCAUUCAGAUCAAUGUGAAACAACAGCUUGCCUUCAGCUGGUUGUAUAAUGUACAAAGCAGAAACUCUCAAAUUCUCCCCCCCCCCCCAUGGUGAGCAGCAUGAGUUCCAGGUGCAUGUGGAAUCCACACAUUUCAUGUGCAAGUUCACAGAAUGUGUGAAGAAGAAGCAUCACUCACACAUGCUUCCUGUUUCACUGCAUGUGAAACAACUAAAGCUGCAUUACAGUGUGAAAUUCUGUGUGACGAAGACAGAUUUUUAUAAUUAUUAUUUUUAUAAAAAAAAUAUAUAGCUUAGGUUUGUAACUUCUUAAAAGAACAGCAACAAUCAUUUAAUAGCGUUGUAUAAUCAAAGUAAGCGUGGCAGAAUUGUUUAGUAUGUGAAUUGAAUUAAUACAUCCGAGAGAUGUACAGAAAUAAGGAGUGAAAUGUCCCUGCAAUAAGCAAAAACUGCCAUUUGAGAUAUAUAUAUUGUUAUUUAAAGUAGUGGUUGAAGGGACAGCAAUAGGCUUCUAAACUUAGGGAAAUCUAUGACACUAAAGCAGAAAGCCAGUUGUUAUACUUGAAAAAUGACCAACGUGGACAUUCUUCUAGAAAAAUAACUUGAGUCCUGAUAAUAAAAUACAUUAGCUACAGCAAAA